UCGGUCAGUAUUGAUAGAACCGUGAUUAAUCUCGGACGUCGCACACAUCAAAUUGUUAUAGGAAUUGAAUCUAUUUUAAAUAUCAUAUUUUUAGUAUUUAUCAAAUCUCCAAUAAAUUCUAAAAUAUCAUUUCAUCAGUAUCUGAGCAUUAGGUGCAAGAAAAAAUGUUGGCAAAUUUCAUUGCAAUGGGUACAGAAUAUUUUCUAUGGGAUGCGAGAGCUAUUAUUAAAUUACAAGAAUAUUUAAUAGCCAACGAUAUUGAAGAAGAAAAUUUAGAAGAUAACACUAUUUUAACAGAUAUGCUACGUGUGUCAGUGGGGAGCUCUUUGUGCAGAAAUCCUAUUACACCUGAAUUAUUAAACAAAUUCAAGGAUACGAUUCUUGUGUUUCCAAUUGAUAAUUGGAAGACAUUGAAACUGUAUCGUAAAAAUUAUAUCAUUUUGCAAGUCGCUUGCGUGGAAUAUCUCCUAUAUCCCAACAAAGAUAAUGAAGAAUAUAAAAAGAUAUACAGUUGUGACGAACAAAAAGUGACCGAGGUAUAUAAUAAAUUGUUUGAUCUUCCAAAAAACAAUAUACCCGACAAUGUCACAGUGAGGGCGGUUAAAUCUUUUUUCAGUUACGAUAUACUUGUAGAUGAUAAUGACUACUUAGAAACUAUAAGAUUGUAUUUGAGAGGAAUUGAUAUUAAUUUCAGAGAGUUAAUAUACAUAAAAAAUAGAUCAAUUGAAAUAAUUAAUGAUAUAAUAUACGUGCGCAAGCGGGUAAACAAGGCAGAGUCUGAUCGACUAAAACUCCAGCGUUCACCUAGCCCAGAUGUGUCAUCGCUUAAUCUUGGUCCUUCAGCCGUGUGAAUAACCAGUGAACCAUAAAUGUUCUCAUCGUUACCCUGCUAACCAGAUAUUAUUAGCGCAAAUAUCCAAUACAAACUUCUCCCGAGCACGAAUUAUAAAUUUUAACGAUAAUUUUGACAAUACUAAAUUUUUUUUAUAAUCAGAAGAAACAAUUUC